AACUGCGCGGUUGACAGUAGGCCGGCGACGUCACUGUAGGCCGGGUGAGCCGCCGUUGCUGAAGUGGCAGGCCUUAUUCCGUUUCAUGUAGCAAGGUAAAUAUUUGUGUUUUUCCGAAUUGGCAGUGGUUUUACGUUAGUGAUUUACAGUUAUAGUGAACCAACAAGCAGUUUUAUCUCAGUGACGUGAGAGGAAGACUCUUCUGUUAGCGGUGUUCUUAUUCCUAAGGUGAAUGGUCAAUCUGCCAAACAUGAUGAAGGGUUCGUAAAUAUCAUUGCAUAAAAUUUCCGCCAUUUUGAAGAGUUGAUCAUACAAAUAGUGCAAAAGAUUAUUUUCCUUGGAAAAAAUAGUUUUCUUCAGCUUGGUGGCAUAUGCUGUCUCGAGAGAGGUGCCCGUGACUUACGCGUUAAAGAACUGCCUCGUCGGUCUCUGUACCGUGCGCAUCUUUAGGAACGCGGUGGCAUUUGUUGCACACAGAUGGAAGCAAUGUUCCUAAGUAGUUAUCCUUUUAAUUCAAGAGAUGCUGAGAUUUGUAUGAUGUGUAACUCGGUCUCCUCAGUCAGCUGUAUUUGCUGUGCGACGGACUCAUAACUGCCUACUAGCCUAGAAGUGCAGACUACUUCAAAGGGGCGAGAUAACAGACAUGGGAAGUGAGCAUUACUGCCUCAGGUGGAAUAAUCAUCAGAGCAACUUACUCGGUGUAUUCAGUCAGCUUCUUCAAGACGAGAGCCUUGUAGACGUUACCCUUGCCUGUGCUGAAGGACAUUCAAUACGUGCUCACAAAGUGGUCCUCUCAGCUUGUUCAUCUUAUUUUCAGACACUUUUUGUUGACCAUCCAAGCCGGCACCCAAUUGUUAUCCUUAAGGACGUACGGUUUGCAGAAUUAAGAACUCUAGUGGAAUUCAUGUACAAGGGUGAAGUGAACGUAGAGUACUGUCAGCUGUCAGCUCUAUUGAAAACAGCGGAAAGUCUCAAAGUGAAAGGUCUCGCAGAGAUGACAAACUUAAAUUCGGGAAGAGAUGAACAUAGUGAAGUGCCUAACGCAAAGCAUUCGAGCAACGCCAGUGGAGCUGACGUUCCUCCCUCUUCGGAUUCUGCUGCCAAGAGGCUCAGUGAUGGAGGUGCAAGAACGCCGCUUCCAGCCGAAAGUGUUUCCCCGCCUGUUCGUGUUGAGAGACAGCAGUUUGGUGACAAAGAUAAUUCCGGUUGUGAUGAAAACGAAAGUUGUGACGAAGGAGCGAGGCGAGCAGAUACACCUGAAGUUGAUGACCUAUCCAUUCGUGGCAGUUGUGCUGGGCCGAGUGAUAUGACAGUGGGUAGCAGUGCAGUGUCAUCUCAUCCACCUACAGCAGCCGCAGUUACUGCGACGUCUUCGACAGCUGUUUGCAGGCUACCAUCUCCCCACAGUAGUGAACCAAUCCCUGGGCCUUCAUGUAUGCUACCAGUUCAGCAAGUACCCUUGUCUUUAAAGAAGGAAGUAGAUUGGGAUCGAAGUGUUGCUGAUGAUAAGAGUACCACAGGAGAAAGUUCCUCUGACUAUAGACAUCCGCAAGAUUUGGAUCUUUCUCCCUUAGAUGCGAGAUAUGGAUCUCCUUGUGUGAUAACAGGGUCACGGCAACUGGGAUCUGAUAUUCAGAUAAGUAACCACACCAGAUCCUCUACACCCUUCCAGUUCCCAUUUUCUCCAUUUGCUGCUGGCUUUCCAAGUAGUUUUGGUGCUGGCUUCCCUGAUAUGGGCAUAGAUGCUUUAAGUCGGCAAAACUGCUCAAUACUGAAUCUCCUCCACCAACAGAGCUUGCUCGCUUCACCAGUAUCAGAAGAUGGUGGACGAUCCCCAUUUGGAACAGUUGGCUCUGGUAUUUUCAGAUGCUCAGUCUGUUUGGCUUCCUUCCCUUCAUCUUGGCUCCUGGAACAACAUUCUGAUUUGCAGCACUCUGUACCAUCUCAAGCUGAAGAUACAGAAAGUGAAGAGAAACCUUUCAAAUGUGAUCAGUGUGGACAGAGCUACAGAUAUCGAUCCGCUUAUUUGAAGCAUAGAGAACAAAACCAUAGAGCUCGCUUACCGGCAGACAAGCUCUUCACUUGUGAUGUCUGUGGAAUGCAGUUUCGAUACUUGAAGUCUUUCAAGAAACAUCGUCUUAACCAUGCUCUGGAAAAGUUACACUCUAAGUCUCCAUCAGAAUUUGACAUAUUUACACGCUCUAUCAGAAAUAACGGAAUGCUUGGGGAUCUUCUUGGAGAGAGAGCACUUCGAAAUAGCAGUGUACCUGAAUCUGCGACAGAUUACAGUGGGAAGAUAUUUCCAUUCAUGCAUAAAGGAAAUGAAUCAAACAGUGACAGUACUUUGAAUACAACUGUGACAUCGUCAGAUAAGGAUAUGGAAAAAUCUGCUGCAACACCUACUGCAAGUGCUCCAACCCCAGAAAGCAGCAGUGAACAAGUUUCAAGCUCAAAUGAGGCUGUUGUUCGAAACAUGUCUGAAGAAAAACCGGUCUUGAAUCCCAGUUAUGAGCGCAUACCUAGUGGAUCAUUAUCUAAACUGGGGGGUCAAAACUUGUACAGAUUUCCCCUCAGUGAUUAUUAUUAUGGUGGUAGUGCCAGCACAACAGAAGGAAGCUCAGUAGAAGAAAAGAAAGUGUUUAAAACAGAAAAGACAUCUGAGGCAGAACAAGAUGAAACAAUAGAUUCUAUGACAUUUGCACUGUCUAUGACAUCCAGUGGAAGUAAUACUUUCCGUUCAGCACACGAAGCUUCACUUAUCAAUUUACUUCGUAUGGAUGCUGCUGAAAGACAACGAGAACGUAGGUUUGCUUGCCCAUUUUGUGGCAAGUGUGUACGAUCAAAGGAAAACCUGAAGUUGCAUGUCCGGAAACAUACUGGAGAGCGGCCAUUUGUGUGUCUAUUUUGUGGACGGGCAUUUGGGGGAAAGAGUGAUUUAACUCGUCACCUUCGCAUACACACAGGUGAACGCCCCUACCAUUGUGAAAUGUGCGGCAAAUGCUUUGCGAGAGCUGACUAUUUAUCUAAGCAUCUGACCACACAUAUACAUAACUCCCAGCGAUGAAUAUAUGUAUUUCAAAGUGUUUUGUGCAGAUUUUACAAUAUUUAUUUAUUUUAAGUACAUAUGUACUGGUUCUGUAUGAAAUGCAUGCAUUUCUUCAUAUAGUUUUUUUCACUGUAUUGUACUGUAUUAAUUUUCUCAGCAUAUUUCUGUUAUUUUGAUCUCUCUUGAAUUUAUUUUUAUACUUCUUAAUUCACAGUUAAAUGUGGGGAAAGUGUUAGAGAUAAAUAGCAUAUUCGUAGAAGUGUGUUAAGUAACAUAAGCAUAAAAAACUUCAACUGCCAAAAUUAAUAAUAAUACAUUUUAAUUGUACAACUAUCAUAAAUUGUGGGAAUAAUAAGUAACAAAAUACUUUUCCAGAAUGUGCCCAAAUACUUUUCUGGGCUGAUUAUUUUGUUACUGCAGUAAGUAUAUCAUUUCAUGUUGGAAAAUUUUGCCAUUUUGUUGCAGUAUACUGCAACAGCUGCCAUUCUAGAAGCAAUACUCAAGUGUUUUGAUGUCAUACAUGUUACUGUGAUGUAAUUUUACCAAUAAUGUCAAUGUAAUUUUCUCUACAGAAUGAUUUUAACUCUAGCGUGUUUAAUACAAUGUAAAAAGAUGUGUAGAUUUAUUGUAAUAUAUACUCUUUUUGUCAGGAGGCCGUUAACCAAAUCUAUAAGAUUAAAUUCACUGAAUGCUGCAAUGAAUUCUACUUAGUGGGUGUCAUAGUGUUUAUCAUGCAAACAUUGAAAUGGGUCCUUGUGGUGCAAUACAGAUGUUAACAAUAACAAUAGAUGUUGUACUUGAAACAGUAUUGUAGUUAUCCAUUCUUUAAAUUAAAAAGAAGAAAAGGUCUCUGCUUUA